CCUGACCCUUCACGUUUACGCUUAAAAGAAAGAGAUAUCAACUCAUUAUUAAACACCUCCCCACGUACAACUUGCACAAACAAGGUGUCAGACGAUUGCGGAGUGGGCAAUUAGCGUUUCAAUGCGCUACUCCUUUAAUUGUUCCGCGGCCGGGCAGGAAGCGUGCGUCAAUUUCCAGGGGCCAGGCCUGCCGCGCAGGCGCACUGCCGACUCCAUUCUUGUCCAGCAACAGCAGUUGGGGUGGAGAGGAGCCUGAACCGCCGAGCACGGCUGGGGGCAAAUGCCGAGAUUACCUGGGUGUUAACCGGCCCGUCUGCGAUCAGCUGCAAGGAGAUGAGCACGGGCUGCCCAGGAGCUGCGGAGUGGUGAAUUAUGAAGCACAGUCGUUCCAGCCUCUCCCUCUUCUCUCACUGCUGCUGCUGUUCCCAGUAUUGCUGCUACUAGCCGCUUGGUUUGGACUCUUCAGAAAAAAACCCGGCCAGCUGCUGCCUGCUCACACAUGGUGCAUUGCUUUCAUUCCCAAGCUUGCAUCUCCGUGCUGCAGCCCCUCAGUAACCUUCAGCACAUAUAGGGUCAACCUUCCGGGAUAAAAAUAAGUCCGUCUGUAUCUUUUCCAAAGCGGCCACCCUCGGGUCUUUUUACUGUUGCCGCCUCGGGUGAUCCUCUGGUCUGCGGAGAGACAUGGAGCCCAGCAUGGAGUAUUGCAUGGCCCAGGUGAUGCAGAAGGAUGUGGGAAGGAGGCUGCAGGUCGGCCAGGAGCUCAUAGACUACAUCUCGGACCGGCAGAAAUCGUCGGACCUGGAGCACGAUCAGACCAUGCUGGACAGAAUGGUGGAUGGAAUUGCUACCUCUUGGGUCAACUCGAGCAAUUUUAAGGUGGCUUUGCUGGGAAUGGACAUUCUGUCUGCCCUGGUGACGAGGCUGCAGGAGCGCUUCAGGACACAGAUCGGCACAGUCCUGCCCAGUCUGAUAGACCGGUUAGGGGAUGCGAAGGACCAGGUGCGAGAGCAAGACCAGACCCUGCUGUUGAAGAUCAUGGAGCAAGCUGCUAACCCACAGUAUGUGUGGGAUCGGAUGCUGGGAGGCUUCAAACACAAGAACAAUCGAACCCGAGAAGGAGUCUGCCUUUGCCUUAUUGCAACACUAAAUACGUAUGGAGCUCAAGGUUUGACACUAAGUAAAAUUGUGCCCCAUAUAUGUAACCUCUUAGGAGAUCCAACGUCUCAGGUGCGGGAUGGGGCGAUGACCAGCCUUGUGGAGAUCUACAGACAUGUAGGGGAGAGAGUGCGGGUGGAUCUCAGUAAGAAGGGAUUACCACAGUCACGAUUGAAUGUAAUUUUUUCCAAAUUUGAUGAAGUCCAAAAAUCGGGCAACAUGAUACUGUCCACAGCCUCAGACAAGAAUUUUGACGAUGAAGACUCUGUGGAUGGGAACAGACCCUCCUCCUCCAGUUCCUCCUCUUCUAAAGCUCCCUCUAGUGGCCGAAAGGGGAUCAGCAUGGGCUCAGGGCGGAGGCCAGGCCCCCCCACUGGCGUAAAGGCAGCAGGAAAAGAAGGCGCCAGCGCAGGGGCCGUGGACGAGGAGGACUUCAUCCGCGCCUUCGACGAUGUUCCGACCGUACAGAUCUAUUCCAACAGAGAACUUGAAGAGUCAAUGAACAAAAUCAGAGAGGUUUUAUCGGAUGACAAGCACGACUGGGAGCAGAGAGUUGUUGCUCUGAAGAAGGUGAGGUCUCUCCUACUGGCAGGGGCAGCGGACUACGAUGGCUACCAUCAGCAUCUGCGUCUCCUGGAUAACGCGUUCAAACUAUCAGUGAAAGACCUCCGCUCGCAAGUCGUGAGGGAGGCGUGCAUUACACUAGGGCAUCUGUCUUCGGUUUUGGGAAACAGAUUUGACCAUGGUGCAGAGACAAUCAUGCCAACUCUUCUGAAUCUAGUUCCAAAUAGUGCCAAAAUCAUGGCCACAUCUGGAGUUGCUGCAAUCCGACUAAUCAUGCGUCACACACACUAUCCCCGACUGAUUCCCAUAAUGACCAGCAACUGCACCUCCAAAUCGGUGGCUGUCAGAAGGCGCUGCUACGAGUUUCUGGAUUUGCUAUUACAGGAGUGGCACACGCAUUCACUAGAGAGGCACAUGGCAGUCCUGACGGAGACGAUCAAGAAGGGGAUCCACGAUGCCGACUCGGAAGCCAGAUCGGUCGCCAGGAAGUGUUACUGGGGAUUCCACAGUCACUUCAGUCGGGAAGCAGAACAGCUUUUCCAGUCGCUGGAGUCCUCUUACCAGAAGGCCCUGCAGUCCCACCUGAAGAACUCGGACAGCAUCGUGUCUCUGCCCCAGUCGGACCGCUCCUCCUCCAGCUCCCAGGAGAGCCUCAACCGUCCGCUGUCUGCUAAGAGAAGCCCAACAGGAAGCAGUGUGUCCAGAACCUCCUCGGUGAGCGCCAAGCCGGCCGCCACGCCGGGCUCCCUGCAGCGCUCCCGCAGCGACAUCGACGUCAACGCCGCCGCCAGCUCCAAGUCCAGGAUGGCCGCGGUGCCCGCCGCCGCGCCCUUCAGCUCCGCCGCGGCCCUGCCUCCUGGCUCCUACGCCUCCUUAGAUGGUACACCCACUAAAUCGGAGGGCCGAGUGCGCACCAGACGCCAGAGCUCGGGCAGCGCCGUGGGGGUGAGCACUACACCCACAGACAGCAGGGGGCGCAGCAGAGCCAAGGUGGCGUCACAGUCUCAGCGAUCCAGAUCAGCUAACCCGGCUGGUGCCGGCAGCCGCUCCAGCUCCCCCGGGAAGCUCCUGGGCCACGCUUACGGACGGACGGCGCGGGCCGCGGCGUCCGCCACCCCCUCGGACAAGCGGAGCAAGAUCCCCCGCAGCCAGGGCUGCAGCCGGGAGACCAGCCCCAGCCGGCUGGGAAUAGCACGGAGCAGCCGCAUCCCUCGACCCAGCUUGAGUCAGGGGUGCAGCCGCGACGCCAGUCGUGAGAGCAGUCGAGAUACGAGCCCCGCUCGGGGCUUCGCUCCGCUGGCCUCCCGACGCCACUCCCGGUCCACCAGCGCCCUCUCCACGGCCGAUUCUGUGGGCCCGUCAGAUCGGUUCGGACUGGCCCACCAAGCUCGUAUCUCGGCUUCAGUGAAUGCCAUGAGGGUCCUCAACACCAGCACGGAGGUCGAGGCUGCUGUCGCCGACGCCUUGCUAUUAGGAGACUCCCGGAAUAAGCAGAGGAAGCCAGUCCGCCGGCGGUACGAGUCUCCGGGGAUCUACUCGGACGACGACGCCAACAGCGACGCCUCCAGCGCCUGCUCGGAGCGCUCCUACGGCUCCCGGAACGGAGGCGUCCCCCACUACCUGCGGCAGACGGAGGACGUGGCCGAGGUGCUGAACCGCUGCGCCAGCUCCAACUGGUCCGAGCGGAAGGAGGGCCUCGUGGGCCUGCAGAACCUGCUCAAGAGCCAGAGGACUCUGAGCCGGGUGGAACUGAAAAGACUCUGCGAGAUAUUCACCCGGAUGUUUGCAGAUCCUCACAGCAAGGUAUUUAGCAUGUUUUUAGAGACUCUAGUGGAUUUCAUCACAAUACACAAGGAUGAUCUCCAGGACUGGCUCUUUGUGCUGCUCACUCAGCUCUUGAAGAAGAUGGGUGCAGACCUGCUGGGGUCGGUCCAGGCGAAAGUUCAGAAAGCCCUGGAUGUCACUAGGGACUCGUUUCCUUUUGAUCAGCAGUUUAACAUUCUGAUGAGGUUUAUAGUUGAUCAAACACAAACCCCAAACCUCAAAGUAAAGGUAGCAAUCCUGAAGUAUAUUGAGUCCCUGGCCAGGCAGAUGGACCCCACUGACUUUGUCAACUCCAGCGAGACGCGGCUUGCCGUCUCCCGUAUUAUAACUUGGACAACAGAACCAAAGAGCUCAGACGUGAGAAAGACGCUUCACAACUGGGCGACUGAGGAGUGGCCAGCCAGGCCCAGUACCACACCUUCAUUACCUGGUGAGGGGAACCUGGAGGAGAGGUGCAAGCAGGCCGCCCAAGUGGUCCUGAUUUCUCUGUUUGAGUUGAACACCCCGGAGUUCACCAUGCUGCUGGGUGCCUUGCCGAAAACAUUCCAGGACGGGGCAACCAAACUCCUGCACAGCCACUUGAAGAACUCCAGUAACACCAGUGUAGGCUCUCCCAGCAACACCAUCGGGCGCACCCCGCCUCGGCACGCCAGCAGUCGCACCAGCCCCCUCACGUCGCCCACCAACUGCUCUCACGGGGGCCUGUCGCCCAGUCGGUUUUGGGGUUGGAGUGCCGAUGGGCUGUCAAAGCACCCCACUCCCCCUGCUCAGCCUCACUCCAUCCCCACUGCUCCCUCCCACAAGGCCUUCAGGCGCUCUUACUCUCCCAGCAUGCUGGACUAUGACACAGAGAACAUGAACUCCGAUGAAAUCUACAGCUCACUGCGUGGGGUCACAGAGGCCAUCCAGAGUUUCAGCUACCGCAGCCAGGAGGACCUGAACGAACCCAUCAAGCGUGAGGGCAAGAGGGAUGAUGGGGUGUGCAGGGAAGGUGGGAUGGCGUCUCCGGGUUCGGACCUCCGUGUGGGUUUGGACGUGGUGGAAGGGGGGCGGACAGCUUUGGACAACAAGACCUCUCUGCUCAACACGCCUUCGCCGCGCUCCUUCUCCGGCCCGCGGCCUCGAGAGUACAACCCAUACAGCUAUGCCGACACGAUCAGCGCUUAUGACAAGAGUGCCCUGAAGGAGGCGGUGUUCGAUGACGACGUGGAGCAAUUCCGUGAUGGCCGUCGACAGGACUGCGUUGAAAACAAGAUGUUGCAUCCCAAGGGUUUUACUCCUGAAGUCCCCGUCGACCACUCCGACCUGGUGGCGGACCUCCUGAAGGAGCUGUCCAACCACAACGAGCGCGUGGAGGAGCGCAAGGGCGCGCUGCUGGAGCUGCUGAAGAUCACGCGGGAGGACAGCCCGGCCGUGUGGGACGAGCACUUCAAGACCAUCCUGCUGCUGCUGCUGGAGACGCUGGGCGACAAGGACCACUCCAUCCGAGCCCUGGCGCUACGAGUCUUGAAGGAAAUCCUACGGAACCAGCCAGCCAGAUUCAAAAACUAUGCAGAGCUCACAAUCAUGAAAACGCUGGAGGCACACAAAGAUUCCCACAAGGAGGUGGUGAGAGCCGCAGAGGAGGCAGCCUCCACGCUGGCCAGCUCCAUUCACCCGGAGCAGUGCAUCAAAGUGCUGUGCCCCAUCAUCCAGACGGCCGACUACCCCAUCAACCUGGCAGCCAUUAAGAUGCAGACUAAGGUCAUCGAGCGAAUUUCGAAGGACUCCCUUCACCAGCUCCUCCCAGACAUCAUCCCAGGACUGCUGCAGGGCUAUGACAACACUGAGAGCAGUGUUCGCAAGGCCAGUGUCUUCUGUCUCGUCGCCAUCUACUCUGUCAUUGGCGAGGAUUUGAAACCACACCUCGCACAACUUACAGGAAGCAAGAUGAAGCUGUUGAAUUUGUACAUCAAAAGAGCCCAAACAACUAACAGUAACAGCAGCUCAUCCUCAGAUGUCUCCACUCACAGUUAGCAGGAGGAAACUGAAGGGAAUCAUGCAUCCGGAUUGGGAAAAAGCUGUGCCUCUUUCAAAAUCCUUCUGUCUGUGUUUUCGUCAGCACACCCCUUUCUACAUCAUUAGAUGGAAGUGCUUGUUGCAAGCAGUGUUUUCUUCUUUACAGUAUCUGUCAAUUUCUUUUAUUUUGCGCAAUGACCUCAAGCUAUGUUUUUCUGUUUCACGUUUUCUCCCUUUUUAAGGAAUGAAGAAUGUAAAGAGGUGUGAAUUAGUGGUGAAUAGUUUAAACGUUCAUUUUUAGAAAUUUGAAAAACGCGAGUGUCACACUGUAUGUUGAAGCCUGUCGGCUUCCGAUACAUUUUUAACCGCUGUCAGUCAUUUAGCUGGCAGCUAAUGUUACUUUGCUGAAAUUGAAGAAAGCGUCCAAAAAAGUGUUCUGCAACACCUUGGAAAUAUUGUGAGCUGAAAGACCCCAAGUUACCUUUUCAGCAUUCCAGUCACUCAUCAAAUUUACAGCGGUUCUUGGAUAAACAGUUCAGUCUAAGAAAUAAAACAUAUCUGAGAACUUAUGUAAAAGAAUUAUACAGUUUUAAUCUUACUCUUGAAUCCCAUUGAGUAAUAUAAAAUCAUUUGGCUGGCCCAGUGAUAAAGCAGCAGGACCCAAGCAAACAAAGUCAACAGUGUGAGAUGGUUGGAUACAAUAACACUACCAAAAAUUAGCAUUGUAAUAAGUGUUAGAAUAUUAUUUUAUAUUUUUUGUAACAUGAUGGUUUUAGGUAAACUUACAUCUAAGGACCACAGUUUCACUGCUCUCGUUCUAGUUUGUUACAAAUGGGAAAAGAUUAGUUUAUGUUGUACAGAGCCAAAGCUUGAUCAACUGUUUUAAUUUUUUUAUCGAUCGCUAUAAAGGCCAGUAAAGGCAUUUACAUUUUCUUUACAAUCUAGCCUAGAUCAACAUGUCAGAAUGUUUUGUAGAAUCUUUGUUGGUAAAAGUAUUAGGAAUUGGACUGCUGAUUACUCAGCCUUAAAAAAAAAAUGAUAAAACUACUGGAUGUAGCAAAAUCCUUAUCAGUGUUUUUACUUUUCUCAUGUAAUUUGCUGAACUUAGUUGUUAAACUUCGAUUUUUCACUUGGAGCAAAUUCUGCAGUGUACUGAAUUCAAAUGAAUAAGAAAAAGAACAAAAAUAAUAAACGCAGGUAGUUUCCUGCUUUACUGGAAAGUCUGCAGUGUUUGGCACUGUGGUUGGGUUUGACAUAAAAGCAGAACUAAAACCAUGCUGCACCACCAUCAAAAAAAGAAAACAAUUACUUCAGCAACCUUUCAUAUACUGUAGCGUGGAUGUUUUCUGAUCAGUGUUAAUGGGGACAUUAUCUGGCAGGACUCUAAUCCCAAAAUGGCCCAAUUUUAGUUUCUAGCUAUCUAGAUGUGUUGAAAGUCAAAGCACUGUUCAGCUAUCAGACAUCUCAUGUACGUGUCUUACAGACUUCAUGACAGGCAAUGUCAGUUUUAAAGUUUUAAGUAUUAAAGUUUCAAAUGUCCCUUUAUGAUUCUGUAACUGCUUUAAGAAUAGAACACAUACUGCUAAAUACAAAGUACUCCUCUGAAUGUUCAUGUGCGUUUAGGGAAGAAAACUAAACCCCGUCUGGCCUUACAUUACUUUCCAAGUACUGUUUCACUACACAGACUGUUAAAGGAAUAGGUGUACAGCCUUAGUUCAAGAAGAUGCGAAGUCUUACUUGUUGCAUCUCUGUUGUUUCUCCUCCCUAGAUAGUACUGAAGACUGUAUGUUUCUGUUUGCAAUAAAACAGAUGUCAAAUGAUCAACUGAAGAUUUUGUGCUUUAAUUUUCCAAUCAAGUAGCUUGGCGAUCCGAUUACACAGCCCUUCAGUUUCUUGCACGUUACCAAUAUACCUGCAUGUGUCCGUGACGCCCCCAGCGACUGGCACCACGUUUAGCGACGACGCACUGCUAACUUUCCAGUCGCACUGUGCAUAGUGUUAAUUUCAUCUAAGCACAUUCAAUUUUUUCGGCUGACAAAAUUGCCAUCUGAAAAACAUUAGACUUGAAAGACAUCAAUCAGCGUUGUGACCACAAUCUGGAUAUCCAAGGCUAAUGGUUGUUCCGCAGACUGCAGCAGUGGACUGUGGAGAGAGUGUAAUGAAUAGACACACCCCAUGAUUCUAGUUUUCAUGUAGUGCAACAUACUGAGGCAUGUGGCUUUUUAAAGGUACACUAUGUGUGCUUGCCUUGACUAUAACCGACAAUACUUUUUUAUUGCAUACCAACAGCUUUAGGCCAUGUAUAAGUAAUUUGCCAUUUUGUCAUAUAAAACCCCUCUGCCCUUUGCAGAUAAUUAUCAGUUGAAUUACUGUAUAAGGGUAAGUAGCCAGCCUUUUGUAGAAUACAGCGUUUUACUGUCAGUAUAAUCUGCUGAUGCAUCAGACAUUAGAGAUGGUAUUCCUAGCAACCUGUUCACAGCGCAUGGACUUUUUUUGGCUUUUGUCAUGUAAUAUCCAUAUCUGUAUUUAUAUAUUUGUUUUAUUUUGUGUGUAUUAUGACAACUGUACAUAUUACAUGGUUUUUUUUGUUAACAUCCACGUGAUAGAAUUUGCUAAAAUAUAAACUUGAGUUUGCUCUAGAAAUAAACCAACUUCAAAAUG